AUGCGUGCACAGUUGUACCAAUUUUUUUACGUUCUGACAAUCGUGCUACUAACGUGCUUUCCUGUGGCUUUGGGUUGGCGCUCGUUCAAGAUUGUUUUUAUGCGCUUUGACUACGAGGCCAAUCCCAGACUGGUGGACGUGAAAAUACAAUUGCAAAACAAUAGUGAAAGUUCAUUAAAUAUUGUUGUCAACACCUUGGAGAUCUUGGACGAUAUUGAGCUGUCAGCUAGUGUUGCGCUAGAGACGCAGCCGGGUAACUUCACCAAUCUCAUCAGUAAGACCCUGAAUUUUUGCAAGAUGUUAAAGGAACGUGACGCGGAGCCUUUGGCACGCGCAAUAUAUCAGGAUAUAAUGCGACAUGGAAAAUGGUUUAAGGAGUGCCCCAUACAGAAGGACACCUACACACUGCAGGAUUAUGCAGUGGAUGAGGAAUUGCUACCUAGCUAUUUGCCAGAGACUAACUUCAAGCUAAAGCUACGUUUAACCCAGCAGAAGGGUGUUCAGAUAUUCAAGGGUAUGCUUUUUGGACGAAUUGACAAGUCCAAAGGCUUCAACAACCUUAAAAUGUUCAGCAUGGGCUAA